AUGUAUGUGACAAAUUCAACAAAUCAUAUGAAAGUGGAAAACGUGUCACUUUUCUGCGCGAAAGAAAAUGCUACGCUAACAACCGUAAAUUCGAACGCUGAAAGAGAUUUCCUUUACGAUUUGAUCAGUCAUAGUACGUAUUAUCCGAGCAUAGCGAGUUACAAAGUGUUGAUUGACGUACAAAACGACAAAUGGGUAGAUAGUAACAUAUUGCUUUAUACGGAUUGUGAAACGAAAUAUCCGAGUUCCAGUGAAUGUACCGCGAUUAGAGUAGAAUCGAAUGGUAUCAUGGCAAAAAUAGGCAAAUGGACGAGAAUGAACUGUGACGAAAGCGUAUUUGCUUUUUUAUGCAAAACAAAGGCGAACAAAUUACCAGUACUGCAUAGGCAAUGCUUGAAAGGCUACGUUUAUCGUCCACGUACUGGUCUCUGUUAUGCGAUAAAAUCACCAAAAACAAAUACUACGGCCUAUGAAACAGCUGCUAUUAGCUGCCAGGAUGAACUUGGAAUGCUGGUUUCUGUACAUUCUACAGAAGAAACGGAAUUUAUCACCAGAGAGUUGGUACCUCAAAGGUCGAAUGUGACAAGGAUAUAUCUUGCUCUGAUUUAUAAUUUCGAUAAAAAUGGCGGAUAUUCCUGGGCAGAUGGAACGAUAUUUGAUUAUCAAAAUUGGAAUCCAACGAAAGCUAGACAAAAUGCGGAAAACUCCUGUGUCGAAAUGGAUCCGAAGACUGGAUUCUGGGACCAGAUUCCGUGCAUUCGAAAGAGCAAGCAUGACAACACUCACACUGCUGACAAUGCAGGAAUCAUUUGUCAAACACUCCCAAUAUUUCAUUAA